UCUUUCCCCGCGUCCGCCGUGCUGGGCCGGACUUCGCCGGGCGCCGCGCUCAGCCCGGGCGCCGUGGGGUUGUUGUCGCCAUGUCCCUGCCCAGAGAUUCCAAAGGAUCGCUGGAGCCGCACAAACCGGUGAAAGGCAAGAAGAAGCGGGAUCUGAGGAUAACAUGUGUGCCCAUCAAGCCACCUGUUGCCAACACCACGCCUCCAAGGAACUUGGACUCCAGAACAUUCAUUACCAUUGGAGAUAAGAACUUUGAGGUGGAAGCUGAUGACCUGGUGGCGAUUUCGGAGCUGGGCCGCGGAGCCUACGGCGUGGUGGAGAAGGUCCGGCACGCGCAGAGCGGCACCAUCAUGGCCGUGAAGCGGAUUCGAGCGACUGUGAACACCCAGGAGCAGAAGAGGUUGUUGAUGGACUUGGACAUCUCCAUGAGGACAGUUGACUGCUUCUACACUGUCACCUUCUACGGAGCCCUCUUCCGCGAGGGUGAUGUGUGGAUCUGCAUGGAGCUCAUGGACACCUCCCUAGAUAAAUUCUACAAGAAAGUGCUGGAGAAGAAGAAAACCAUCCCUGAAGACAUUCUGGGGAAGAUGGCUGUGUCUAUUGUACGGGCUCUGGAGCAUCUGCACAGUAAACUGUCUGUAAUCCAUAGAGAUGUGAAACCUUCCAACGUGCUGAUCAACAAGGAGGGACAUGUCAAAAUGUGUGACUUUGGGAUCAGCGGCUAUUUGGUGGACUCGGUUGCAAAGACCAUGGAUGCUGGCUGCAAACCAUACAUGGCUCCAGAAAGAAUAAACCCUGAGCUGAACCAGAAGGGCUACAACGUGAAGUCGGAUGUCUGGAGUCUGGGGAUCACGAUGAUCGAAUUGGCCAUUCUUCGCUUCCCAUAUGAGUCCUGGGGCACCCCCUUCCAGCAGCUCAAGCAAGUGGUGGAGGAGCCCUCGCCCCAGCUGCCUGCUGAUCGCUUCUCCAAGGAGUUUGUGGACUUCACAGCACAGUGCUUAAGGAAGAACCCUGCUGAGCGAAUGAACUAUUUAGAACUUAUGGAGCACCCUUUCUUUACCUUGCACGACGCCAAAGAGACUGACAUGGCCUCCUUCGUGACAGAGAUCCUCGGGGAAGACUCCUAACUCAAACCUUUGUGCUGUCCCCUCCAUCCUGGCUUCCCUGCAGAGGAGCAAACGAGGACUCCAGUGGUGGUUUGCACAAAUCGCACUUCCCCAACCCGUGGGCACCUCUGGCCCCACCUGGCCUCUCAGUCUCUUUUCUCUUUGCCCCACAAACGAAAUCCCCUAGGAUCAGUCUUCUGAAGCCAACACCUUCCCAGCUAAGCCAUGGAGAUGGAAGGUGCAGGAGUUCCCUGCUGACACCAGCACAUCCAUCCCAGGAGGACUGUGCCUGUGGUGCCUGACUGGGGCCAGGGCAGAGAGUGCCAGUGGGCCUCUCCCCUCCUCAGCAGCCUGGUGCACAGUGCAGGGAGGUUUUGGUUCUGUACUUGCCUGGGGAAGGCAGAGAGAAAAAAAAGCUGCUGUGCUUGCCAGCUCUUCUGCCCUCCCUUCCUGGAGUCAGGUCUCACUUACCUUCCCUUUGUGCCCAGCUCUCUGCCCCCAGGAACAGCUUUUUAGGGGGCCAUGGGACUCCCUGGGCAUGCUGCUGCUCACACCAGAGGCUGUUUUAGUGCUCAGCUCGACUUCUGAAUGACCCUUCGAGGCAGUGCCAGACUGGGUGUUGUCCUCCCUCCCUCAGUGCACUGCUCCCAUGGAGGGAAAAAAGGCAUUUUUCAACGAACCCACCUUGAGGCCAGCAUCACCCCACGUUCUUACCAUGCCUGCCCACAGGACUUCACCAGCACAACGCUGCUGCCUUCCUCACGUGGGCACAAAGUGAUGGGAGGGACAAGCAGGUCCGCAGACACUGCCUACUGAGAGGAUGCAUCCCCAUCUCCGGGCAUCUAACACCUUUGACAGCCUCUGCCUCCUGGAGAAGACUUUGCUCCAUCUCCCUUCCAACCUGGAGCUCACGUUAAGACCUCGCACUGUGACACCUGCUCAUUUUGGAGGCCCUUCAUGUCCCAGACUGCCUUUGAACCUGCCAAGGUGUCAGCUGAGGUUGAAAACCCCAGGGCCUGCCCCCGGUUGUACAUUUUCUGUCUGUACAUGCUGGACUUUGUAAUGCAUUUCCCAGCGUUCCUCUAACCUGCUAUAAAUUAAAACCCUUCUGUGGGAGGAGGAGGAGGAGGAGGAGGAGGAGGGAGGAGCAGUUCCUUCUCUGCUAACAAAUCCACUGUGAAAACCUGAUGUGUUUCUCCACUCUCCCAGCCUGAGCACUCCAUCAGGAGCUCUGGGAGCCAACGGGAUUUCUGUCUUCUGCUGUACCUGAUCAUGGGAUGAACGCAGUGGCUGUGGAUUUUGUUGGUGGUUUUUUUUUUUACUAGAUUGACUUUUCAAAGGGAUUUGGGUUUGUGUUUUUUUUUGGUUCCUUUUCUAAUAUAUAUUUGUGUGUAUGUGUGCUAUAUAUAUAUAUAUAUAUAUUAUAUUUUUGAAUCAACAAUGAAUGUGUGAAUGUCUAUGUGGCCAGCAGAUUUGGUGAUAACAGCUUAAGAGAUUUUUCCUGGCUAAUUUAGGGUGGUGGGGAAGGGGUUGCUAGAAGAGAACCCUGGCCUAAGACUUUAAGUGAAAUACAUCUAUUUUUCAACUGAACCUUUUAAAACCAUCUUUCCCCAAAGCCAUACCCUGGAGGUCUGGGUUUCAGGGUGCAGUUCCAGGGUUCAGUUGCAGCAUUCGGUGUCCCCCACCCACUGAAGACCACUGUCCCCUUAAAUCCAUUGCUCCCUGCUCUUGCAGUCUAGGGUUUGAAGUGGCACUGGGGAAUGGGGCUGCCUGACACAAUCUGUCCCUGCAAGCUGCUCCUUAGGCAACCUGCUCCAGGAGGGCACAAAUGGGUUCAGUCCGUCAUGCAGCAGUGCUUUAUCCCCAUCACUGCUCUAACCUCAUCCCCCAAGCCCACAAACCCUGAGAGAACCAGCCCAACUGAGCAAACCCUCUUCAUCUUGGCUGGGCACUGACCCCCUCACCCUACUGCUUCAUGUAAAGCCAGAAGGGGGUUGAUGUUCUCCACAUCUCCCUCCUCAACCCCACUCUGCGAACCACCUGAUGCUUUCCAGGAGCCCCUGUACCAUUGCCUGCUUGAUUUGGCAGCUUUGCAGCCCAGAUGUACCAUUGUGUUUUUGGUUUUCAGAGUUGAUUACUUUGGAUUGUUUCUGGGUUUUCAUGUCGAGUUUUUUGAUCUUUGCUUGUUUGUUUUUCACUUUUCUCCUUGCCCCCACCGCUUUUUCCCUCCAUCCUUUAUCCCACCCUUUUUAGGUGCUUCGGGGAAUGGUGAUUUUUCUUUUUGCAUGUUUCCUGCUUUUCUCCUCUUGGAAAAAAAAAAAAUCCCAAUUCCUACAUUUUGGGGACCCUUUCAGACCCAGGGGAUGGGCUUGGGUCCCUGUGGAUGAAGCAAAGCUUUGCUAAAGAGGCAAACACAGCCCCUCAUGUGCCAUCUGCUUGGCUUCAUCCACCAUCUGUCUUACCUGUCCUUCAUACCCCAUUCUUUCACCUGGUCACCUCCUUGAUGGCAGGGGGGAAUGGCAUAUCUCUGGGGGGACACCAGCUUGGCUUUAAGGUAGACAAGGAUUUUGACUCUCAUCAGAAGAUCCUUGUAUUGUUGAGAACAGUCUGUACCCAGCAAACCUGGUCCUUGUUUCUAAUAAAAAUCAUCCUCAAACCCA